AACACGGAAAUAUGUCUAAAAUGUAGUCCCUAAUGACAGUAUAACUUCCUUUUAAAAAAUGGAUUAUUAUUUAAAUGUUUUAUUAUCGUUGAUAUAUUUAUUUGUGUUUGUUCUUUCAUUGGUACAAGAACAAUCGGAUGUAAGAACUGAAACCAUCCCUAUAGAUGCAGAAGUCUCAAUUUCCUGUGGGAAUGAUUCAACCAUAAGCAUCGAGAAAAUAUACAUCAAUCGUAUUAGCACACCAUGUACGCCAAAGGAUUAUGAAUGCAGUCUAACCGAUGAUGUCUUGAAUGUGAUGAAAAUAAAUUGCGAUAAAAAACUAUCAUGUACGAUCGACAUGCACGCAAUCACCACUAAUACUACGAACUGUUUAACGGAUUUUGGAUAUUUCAACUUUUCAUAUGCAUGCAAUAUUAAUGUUUUAUCUUGCGACUUUGAAAACAAUUGGUGCAAUUGGUCGAAAAAGAGUAACAACAGUGAAUUUCAGUGGAAAAGAGUGAAAAAUGACACAAACAGCACGAUUUUCCCAAGAGAUCACACUACUGCAUCUUCAAACGGUUCGUAUGCCUACAUUUAUUCAUCAGUAUCCCAAAAGGACGAUGUCGCCAAACUUAUUACAGAAAACAUAGUAUCGUCAAAGAAUCAAUGUCUUUCGUUCUGGCAUUACAUGACAGAUUCUAACCAUGUUAUAGAGGUAAUUCACAAUGAACAAAAUGUAUACAAUGUGACGGGACCUUCAGAAAACAGAUGGAUUCGAACAGAAAUUCCUAUUCAACAAUAUUUUCCAAAUUCCAUGUAUACUAUUACGUUUAAGGUAGUUAGUAGAAUGAUAGACAUCGACGGUGUUAUUGCCCUAGAUGAUAUUAUGCUGGUCAACAGAGCUUGUGAAGGUCUUUUUCAUCAGUGUGACUUUGAAUACGACAUGUGUAACUGGCAUACCAGUAAAAAAGAAAAUGAAACAUCUGAAUACUCUUGGUCACGACACAAAAGGCACAAUAACACACUUCCUGAAACAGACCAUACUACAGGAUCUGAGAAUGGAUACUACAUGUAUUUGAAUGGUACUUUGGCCUUCCAUGGUGACAAAGCAUAUAUUAAAAGUCCUAUUUUAAAUGCAUUAUCUGAGACCUGCCUCUCAUUUUGGUAUUACAUGAACUGUUAUGGUAAUGGAAGCGGCGGAUUAAAUGUGACUGUAAAUGAAAACCUUGUUUUUAUCAAAUACGAAGACCAUGGUAACCAAUGGAUAGAAAAAAUGAUAAACAUUGUUCCCAUAGAAAACCUGACGAUUGAGUUUAUUGGCGUAUUUGUCAAGGAUGAUCCAUGUGACAUUGCAUUGGAUGAUAUAGCAUUGACACCAGGAUCAUGCUCAGGAUGGUAUACACAACAAUAUAACUGCGCUAACAUUGAUAGGAAUACGAUGGUAGAAACCUGUCCAACAAAGUACGUAGAUAUGCAAAACGUGUCUUUGUCUUUUGAACCUGAAAAGGAGAUAUGUUUAGAAUAUGAGAUAAAAGAACGAUUUCUUCACAAUUGUACUAUAUCGGAGGAUGAAAAAAGUUGUGAACUUAAUUUGUCAAGUUAUGUUCAGCGUUAUCCUGAAUGUUUUCGACCUAAUGAAAUUCAGAUACAGUAUAAAUGUGAAGGUUUUCAAGAAAAAACCUUUGUAAGCAACUCAAGUAUAAUCAGCUGUGCCGGCAACACAACAAUCACAAUAGUCGAUUUAAAUGUGGAGCAAUAUCCAACACCAUGCUCAGAAUACAAGCAGUGUAAUCUGACAGAAGAACAUAAGACUCUCAUUAAAAUGAGUUGUAAUAAAGAAACAUCCUGCACUAUCUCAACGAUUAUUCCAAAUACAUGUCUGUUCAAAAAUUAUGGACACGUAUCUAUUUCAUAUUCAUGCACAAGAAUUGUUAACGGUAGUUGUACUUUCGAAAAUGAUCUGUGUGGUUGGUCAGUUAGUAGUAAUGGAACUUACCAGUGGAUACAUCGACGCGGACAAACUCUUGAAUCUUCUACAGGACCAGACAGAGAUCACACAACUGCUUCUGGAGAUGGUUACUACAUGUAUGCUUACACGAAGUCUGAAUGGGGCUCUCAACCAAAAGAGGAAAGUGAUCUGUUUUCUGGUUGGAUAGGACCGAAUCCAAAGCAGUGUUUAACAUUUUGGUAUCUCAUGCAUGGGGAACAAAUCAACACAUUGAAAGUAUUUCAAAUGGAUAGUGAAAGUACUAUUGAACUGUGGAAUAAAUCAGCUAAUCAAGGAAACAAAUGGUAUUUUCAGUCGCUGUCAUUGAAUGAUAUAGGGCUAUAUCGAAUAAAGUUUAAAGCCAUUCGUGGUAACGGAAGUAAAAUUGAAAUCGCUAUUGAUGACAUCUCCAUUACCAACACCGAUUGCAAGAAAGUUUCUAGCCUUGAUUGCAACUUUGAAGGAGAACCUUGCAAUUGGAAUGUAGAGCAGGAAACUGAAUAUAUGUGGACUGUUAUUUCUGGCGGAACUCAUCCUAAUGAUACCGGACCGGAGGUUGAUCAUACAGACGGAUUUUAUGAUGGAAAUUACAUAUAUCUCAACGCCUCAAACAUAGAGCCAGGGCAGAAAUCAAAUUUUACAAGUGUGACUGUGUCUUCGGAAGGUGAUGCCUGUUUUACUUUCUGGUUCCAUAUGCAUGGAGACGGAAUGGGAACGUUAAAUGUUUACCUUGUAUCAGAGACAAUGACACCAAAAAUAUGGUCAAGGUCAGGAAAUAAACCAGAUUUAUGGCAGUUAGCAUUCGUUGAUAUUUCAAUGUUAGAUUCAUACCAAAUGACGUUAGAAGGGGUUCGAGGUUCAACAAAAAAAGGGGAUAUAGCAGUAGAUGACAUUUCACUGCUGCCCGGGUCAUGUAAUAAAAGAGCUUUCUUCUUGGACUGUAACUUUGAAGCCGAAAAAUGCAAUUGGUUGGCAGGUUCUGAAACGCCAUAUAUUUGGACAUCAACCUCAACAGUAGUCAAAGGUCCAAAUCAUGAUCACACCAUUGGAACUGUUGAUGGACAUUACAUGUACCUUGAAGGUCCAAAUAUAUCAGAGGGUAUGAAGUCUAAAUUGACCAGCACCAUUAUCAACCCUGAUGGUGAUAUUUGUUUUACUUUCUGGUAUCAUAUGAAUAGAGAAGAGAUAGGUACAUUAAGUGUUUACACAGAAUCAAGAAACACCACUCAGAUGCAUUGGUCACAGUCUGGAAAAAACAGCACGUGGAUAUUUGCUAAUUUUACCAUUUCUAAAUCAGAACCGUACAGGAUUAUAUUUGAAGGGGUUCGAGGAAACGGUUAUUUUGGUGGUAUAGCAUUAGAUGAUAUUUCACUACUUGAGAGUUCGUGUUCAGGUUUGAUCAAAACUUCACAGAAAUGUCAUAAAAUUGAUGAAUCUAUAUCGCUUCAUGAAUGUUCAAAAUAUUAUCUACAGCUUAAUGACACAUCUUUAGUAUUUGAUCGAGAAUUUGACAACUGUUCAGCCGUAUACCAAGAUGUCCAAACAUCAAUUACAACUGUAUGUAACGAUAUGAAGGAUUCAGACAUCUGCACCUUCAAUCUUCAGGAAUUAGUUAUAAAAGAUCAAAGAUGUUUUCAAUCAAACUGGCUUUCGGUUGAGUACAGAUGUGAAGCUGAAGUAACAUCUACAGUUUCGUCAGUUGCUUCCUCGAGUAAAGGUUCAAGUGAAGGUGAGGAAACUACUACAGUUGCAUCAGAUACUACUUUAAGUGCAGAAACAACAGUUCCUUUGCUGUUAACAUCAGAAGCUCAAUCGCAAGGUCUAAUUGUUGGAUUAGUUAUUGGUUCAUUCGUGCUAGUGUUCAUUGCAGCUGUAAUUUUUUUAAUCAGAAGGUUUUUAUUGGAGAAGAACAAUUUAGAAAAGAUUGACAAUCUUCAAGGAAAUUAUUAUAUUGGGCAUCAAACUAUAGCUCUACAACAGUCUUCGAGUCCACCACAAUAUGAAAUUGUUCAAAAUACAAAUAACCAAUAUGAGUACACGAAUAUAGCUAUGGCAACCUCUAAUGAAUGUAUAAACAAUGUAGAAAACGAAGAUCAACGCAAACAUAUUGCACCUCUUGAAGAUAAAACCCGAGGUAAAUAUGAAACCAAAGGCAAUCAAUACGAGGUUAUUGAUCCGACAGCCAUAACAAGCUUUUGUCAUUCAAAGGAAGAUAAACCCAGGGUAACAGAAAAUUAUACAGUUUUAAAUCACAAGGAAAAAGGAUUUGACCGAUCAAAAAUGUCCGACAAAAACCAGUCUUAUGAGCUUGCUAAACCAAUCAAUACAGAAAAUGAUCAUUAUGUUAUAUCUAAAGAAGGAACACACGCCUGUGCUGGUUGUCAUUCAAAAGAUGAUGAAACCCAGGUAACAGAAAACGACGAUGAACGCAAACAUAUUGCACCUCUUGAAGAUGAAACCAAAGGAAAAUUUGAAACCAAAGGUAAUCAAUAUGAGGAAAUUGAUCCUACAGCCAUAUCAAGCGUUUGUCAUUCAAAAGAAGAUAAACCCAGGGUAACAGAAAAUUAUACAGUUUUAGAUCCCAAGGAAACUGGAUUUGACCGAUCAAAAAUGUCCGACAAAAAACAGUCUUAUGAUCUUGCUAAACCAAUCAGUCCAAACAAUGCUCAGUAUGUUAUGUCUAAAGAGGGAAAAUACGACUGUGCUGGUAGAAGCAAUCACAAGGAAUUGGAGAAUAUUUAUAACCAUGCUGUUGAUAAUGUUUAUGAUUCUGGAAGUUACAAAAGAAACGAUUUUGGGACUGCAGACACAUACGAUCAUUUUGUCGGGCAGAAAAACGGAAGAUGACUAUCAUAUACAUAUAAAAACCUAAUUAACAUUGUAGUUUUCCAAGGUAUAAUUUUAAAUAUGGUUUCAUUAAAUCAUAACUUUCAUAUACUAAAUACAGUAUUUUAAAAAAAGUAAAAGUAUAAUUUUGUAAUUAAUUAAACAU